GCGAGGCUUCAGAGGAGCAGGGCGAAACUUCGGGGCAAGGCGUCGAGCUCGCUGCAUUUUUACGUUUUCAAGACGACUCUUUGUCAAUCCUUUAACUAAACUACUUUGAAGUCGCGAAGAGCUCCCAAAGAAACAUCACUUGGUGCAGCCAUACCUCUGGAACUGCGCUUACUGUAUAGUGGGUAUUAUCCGUGCUCUUCCAAUCACGGUAGUCGUCCAAUCCAGAGCCAGGGAAGAGAUCAUCAUAUUGAAGCUCUCUCACUUCGUAAGUAGCGACCUCCUGAUGCUGCAGCGCGCCAUUACUACGUCCCUUAAGCCCGUCGGAAAGGGAUUCAUGUCGUCACAAGUGCCUCCCUUCCACCUCGCUGUGCCAGUUCACGACCUGGCGGAAGCCAAGGAUUUCUAUGGCACCAAACUAGGCUUCAUCGAGGGACGCUCGUCCAAGCAGUGGCAGGACUACAACAUGUUCGGCCACCAGCUCGUUGUGCACCAAGUGACGAAGGAUUACCGUGGCGUGGACUUCUUCAACCCCGUCGAUGCGGACGAUGUGCCGGUCCCGCACUUUGGUGUGGCUCUGACAGUCGACGAGUUCCACGCCCUCUCGAAGCGUGUGCAGGGCCUCAACAUCAAGUUUAUCGUGGAGCCUCACCUCCGCUUCGCAGGUCGUAAGGGUGAGCAGUGGACCAUGUUUUUCAAGGACCCAAGCGGCAACAACCUCGAGUUCAAGGCCAUGACCAACCCAGAGAACCUGUUCGCCAAGUACGUCGAGGAGUAACUCGCAUGGCUCCGCAGUCUAAGAGGGUGUAAGUUUACCACCAAAACCUCAUCGCUCGUAAGAGCAAAAUAAAAUACGGGAUCUAUAUGGAAUGGAGUGCUGAUUUAGCGAUAUCACUAGUCGUCGCCACCGUCAAUAGCAUCAGGCUCGAAAUCGCCAAACUCGUCUCUGUCGUCUU